UUUCACAGUGUCAAGAGCACGUGGGAAUCGGCAUCAAGGGACAAUAUGAGCGAUGUCAGGGAACUCAUCCCUGAAUUCUUCUACUUGCCAGAAUUCCUAACCAAUGCAAAUCACUUUGAACUUGGCUGCAUGCAAGAUGGAACUGUGCUGGGAGAUGUGCAGCUUCCUCCUUGGGCAGAUGGGGACCCCCAUAAAUUCAUUCUCCUGCACAGACAGGCACUGGAAAGUGACUAUGUCAGUGCACACCUCCAUCGCUGGAUAGAUCUGAUUUUUGGCCACAAGCAACAUGGCUCAGCUGCGGUAGAGGCAGUUAACACCUAUCACCCUUACUUCUACGGAGACAAGAUGGACCUCAACAACAUUAAAGAUCCUCUGAUUAAGAGCACCAUCCUGGGUUUUAUCAGCAACUUUGGACAGAUACCAAAGCAGCUCUUCACUAAACCAUGCCCAAGGGAAAAAUACAUCAGGAAGAGAGACUGUGAUGUCCCUUCACUCAAGUGGACUUCUUCCUUUGAUGAGCAGCCUGCAAAAUCUGAAGCUCUCACCAGUUACAAUCAAAGACUGUCCCAAGGGAGCUAUUGGGCACAUUGUUCAUACUGAGAAAGGCAUUCUGGCUGUUGAAAAAAAUAAAGUUUUGAUUCCUCCUCUUUGGAGCAAAACAUUCUGCUGGGGAUUUGAGGACUUCACCUGCUGCUUUGGCAACUACGGGUCUGAAAAGAACAUGACUGUAUUUGAGUGCAUGGCAGACUGGGGAAAGUGCCUCUGCGCUGUGUGUCCUUCAGCAACUACCAUAAUCACAUCUGGAACAAGCUCAGUUGUGUGUGUCUGGGAACUUUCCUUGGUCAAGGACAAAGUGAAAUGUCUAAACUUGAGACAGGCUUUGUAUGGCCACACUCAGGCAGUGACCUGCCUUGCUGCAUCUGUGACCUACAGCAUCUUUGUGAGUGGAUCCGAUGACAGAACCUGCAUCAUUUGGGACCUGAACCAACUGACGUACAUAAACCAGCUUCCUGCCCACAGGGCAAACCUCUGUUCUGUUGCCAUCAACAAUUCAACAGGUGAUAUUAUCUCUUGUGCUGGAUCUUACCUUUAUCUGUGGACAGUGAAUGGCCAACUUCUUGCAAGCAUUAACACCACCUGCAGCCCCGAAAGCCGUAUUGUUUGCUGCUGCUUUGCUGAAGUGAUGGACUGGGACACACGCAGCAUCAUCAUCACAGGAAGCACAGAUGGAGUGGUGAGGCUGUGGAAGACUGAAUACACCAAUACCCCAGACCAAGCUGCUGGACUGAGACCGCGGAGAGGCCCGAUGGAGGAGCCAGGCAACACAGGUAACAAGUGUGGAAAACAUCUUGUUCUCUGUCGGGAACUGAAUCCCAGCCUUGCCUUGACUGGAAAAGCAAGUAGGACCAGCCCAGCAGUGACAGCAGUGGCUGUAUCCAGAAAUUCCUCCAAGCUCCUAGUUGGUGAUGACUGGGGAAGAGUCUGCUGCUGGUCUGUGGAUGGGUAGGAAGAAAUAACCAAGAACUCUUGUUUCUUCAGCCUUUUGGAUGGAGAGAAAA